AUGGCCCUGUUACCGGUACUUUUUCAUUUACUUUUGUUGUUGAUAUGUCCCACACACUCAGAAGUACCCAAGAAUGAUAAUACACAGCUUGUAAAAGUGAACAAAUGUUGUGAUAAAAACAAAAUAUACAUGGGAAAACAUUGUACAGCAGUUAAUCAAACCAGUGAGGAAUGGAGACCUCUAUUUACCACAGAAAAAGGGGCCACCAACCUUCAGAAAAACUACAGCUUAGUCAUAGGUCUACCAGACUGUGGUCAUAUGCAGUUGUGGCCUAUUUAUCACUAUCAGAACUCCACAGAUCGUUUGAGACUUUUGCCAAAUGGAGUUAUGAGGCAUUAUUUUGACCAUCAUGAUGUACCUGGAGAAGAAGAUCCAGAAAUCCUCCAAACCAAUUCACCAUAUCAUGACUAUGAAUUCAGCAAAUAUUGCUUAGAUAAAAAAAUAGAUGGCAUUAGGAGUGAAUUUGCAUGGGUGUGUGCCCCAGAUAUAAACAAGAAUUGGCUGACCAGUACUGAAUUUCUGAUGCAUAAUAUAGUAAGCCCAGCUACACAUGGCAUGUCUAUAGCUUGCUUACUGGCUAUAGCAGUUAUUUAUUUUGUCAUGCCAACUCUCAGAGACUUGUCUGGAAAUAUUGUUACUACAAUAUGUAUGUGCCUUAUAGUAAGUCAAACUGGUGAUAUGAUAAGAUUGUUGACUGUGUUCACAAGCCACAUAAGUUUACUUAUUGCAGAGACAAUAUGUUAUAUCAGUUUAUUAGGUGCCUUUUUUUGGUUGAAUAGUCUUGGAUACUACAUUUGGAAGACCUUCAGAUCCAGAAAUGUAUUCUUAAGAAUAACUGAUGGCAAAAAAUAUUGCUAUUAUGGUGGAUAUGCUUGGUCUUGCACCAUUAUUUUGGGAGUAUUAGCUAUUUUUGCUCACUAUACCAUGGAUUACCCAGAAAUAAACUCUAAGGUCAUGUUGACCUUCGAUCAACAAAGGGAGCAAAUAGGGUCAUUAGGUAUGAUAAUAUUUUUUGUACCAGUAGCCUUCACAGUUCUUGCCAAUGUAUUUUUCUUCGCCACCACAUUGAAGGCUAUAAAUAGGAUGCACACUUAUGGGAGGAUUCAUCACAAACUUCGACAUUGUUUCCGCAUGUUCAUCCUCGUCCUGUUGGUGGUCACCCUGUGGUGGCUCUUCCUCCUCUCCUCCUUCUCGAAAUUCGAAGGGCUCGUCUACACCCACAUAGUCACCAACGGUCUGCUGGGCCCCCUCGUCCUCUACGUGUGCGUCUUCGAUCAGAAGCACGUCGCCUAUCUGAUCAGGAAGACCUGUUGCUACAGGAGCUGCCCCUGUUGCAGGGGCGAGCCUGAGGCCGAAUGGGGCGACGAGAUGACAGCGAUGAACACCAUCAAUAAUUACUGA